GCUUCUCUUCACUCACUCUCUCAGACCACAAGGGGCUGUCACGCAGGACUACGUGGUGUUGCAGCCCUCUCCAAAAAACUGUAACUAUGUGGCAUAAGUAAAUCGCACAAAAACAAGUCGAGGCUUCCCCCGCACGGACUUUCCAGCCGGAGUUUGGAUCGCCUUUUCUGGAAAUGCAUUCUUAGCUUUUUGGUCAGUUAGCUUCCGGGUUAGCUUCAGGUUCGGACGGUCCUGGUGGAUGUAGGCAGAGAACUGGCUCUCUUUGACCUAAGAUUCACUGGAAAAGCGACCCUGAAGCGUCUAGUCCUGCAGUCGGACCCCAAAAUGCAGUCGUUUAACCUUUACGACAGCCCUGUUUCUGUCAACAACGCUCCGAGGUGUAGGCCCCAAGGGAUCCCCGGUCUUUCCUCGUUGUCGCUGCCCGACUUCGGCGCCAAGAACACCCACUGCAGGACGCUCUUCUCCCCGGGACCUACCACCGUCCUGUCCCCCGUCACCAAUUUGGCUCUAGACAUGAACAAUCUCUCUGGAAUUGGAAGCCAAUCUGACACCCCCAAAAGGAAGAAUCCACCACUUGAAAAGAUACCCUCUUUCGCAUCUGAUACCUCUUCUGAUGCUGGUCUCGGCAUGGAUCCCCCUAGUCCAGUGGAUGUAGCUGAAAUCGAGGACUCCUUUGAACGAGCCAUCAAGCAGUCAAGAAAGAUUGUGAAUGACAAGAUGCCCAUCCGCAGAAACAACUCAUUACCAGUUCAGCUGCUUAGCUACAGUCCGUGUGCGAAGGGACAAGAACCAGAUUCACAUCGUUAUGGAAUAUUUGGCCAACAACCCUCCCAGAUUCCACUGUCAUCGCAACACAGCAACAAGGAAAAUGUGCCUGAGGGCUUUGAGUUCAAAAAACCCACCCGACCUGUGUCCCGGUGCCGCGUGCGCUCCUUCAAUGACGGAAAAGGCAAGGACACACUUUCUCGGCGACCAAACUCCGCUCCAGCCCUCAUGUUUACCUCCCCAUCUCGCGUCGAGCAGCCCGACUUUGACUCCAGCCCCACGUUUCUCCGUCGCUCUUCUCUCACCUGCUCCCUGGACGAUGAGGACGAUGGCUUCCUGGACAUCAUGGACGACAACAUGGAGAAUGACUGUGGGAUGCCUAUGGGAAUGGCUAGCCUUCUCACCGCCCCACUUGUUGGGGAAAAUAAUGCAGAGGAUUCUCCCAUAAUCCGGUGUCGGCCCAGAAGCCUGUUCCGCUCGCCCUCCAUGCCCAGCCCAGUGUCCCGUCACUCAAUGAAGCGCCCCGACUGCCCCAGUGAUGAAAAUACACCUGUGUGGGUCAAGAGGAGGCGGAGUGUGGCAGGAACACAGGUUACACCUAUGGAGCAGGACCCUGAAUCCCCAUGGCAGAGCUGUCUGUUGCAGCGAUCCAAAUCAUUUUGUCAGACAGAAAUCGAGAAGCUGCUGGACCGUGAUGAAGGCUCUGCGGAUCUCAUUGGAGACUUCACCAAGACAUUUGUGCUUCCUACAGUGGGCGGAAAACAUCAAGACCUCAAGUACAUUACUCCGGACAUGAUGGUGGCGGCACUCAACGGGCAGUUCAAUCAUUUAGUGGAGCAGCUCAUUGUAAUCGACUGCCGUUAUCCGUACGAGUUUGAGGGAGGACACAUCAAGGGCGCGCUGAACCUGCACCAGGAGGAUCAGGUAGAGGACUUCUUGUUGAAGAAGCCCAUCAUCCCGAGUGGCGAGGACAAGCGCGUGGUCAUUGUGUUUCACUGUGAGUUCUCGUCGGAGCGCGGCCCCAGAAUGUGCCGCUUCGUCCGCGAGCGAGACAGAGCCAUGAAUGAGUACCCCAAUCUCCACUACCCAGAACUCUACAUCCUCAAGGGCGGCUACAAGGACUUUUUCCCCAUUUUCCAGACCCAGUGCGAGCCCCAGUCGUACCGACCGAUGCACCACGAGGACUUCAAGGAGGACCUGAGGAAGUUCAGAAUGAAGAGCCGCACAUGGGCUGGCGAGCGCAGCAAACGGGACAUGUACAGCCGCCUCAAGAAACUGUGAGGGCCACCUCCCUGACCUUUGACCCCUACCGCCAUCCAGCUACUGCCAUGGGCCCAAACGAACGGCUCUAACCUCAGACCUCAAAAUCCCGCAAAACUUGGACAUAACCACCAGCAAGACCAACGCACAAUCCCAUAUCUAUAGCAAAAAGUUAGUAAUUUAUGCAGAACGUUAAGGUUCAAGGCGUGAAAGUAUUGGGUGAUGUUGUUUUAUAACCACUUGGACCUGUCCUGUCAGUUAGAAGUUUUGUUUUGUUUUUUCGGGUGAGCAACACAAAUCACUGUCUGUUUGCAUCAGGAUAAACCCACUGCCAUGACAAUGGUGUCUCCUCACUGAAAAUGUUUUUGUUGUGUCCCACCUUUUUAUUUAAGCACUUAAUUUAAAAUUGCCUUCAAAUGGUGAGGUGCUUUUUGCUUUUAUGUAUUUUAAACAAACUCCCUGGAUUUUUUUUUUAAUGUCCCAUAAUGUAAAUUUGAAUGUUUGGUUUUUUUUUUUUUUUUCUCCCCUAACUCUGAAAAGCACAGGAUGUGACAGAGCUGCAAUAUUGAAGAAAUUGUAGUUUUUAUGCAGAGAGAAGACCAAAGCAAAACUACCUGUUAACUUUGCAGUGAGAUUUUUUUCCAAUGCUGCAGGUCAGCACGUGUGUGAAAAUGACUUUUUCUGCUUUGUGAAUGGAUAAAGAUGUCUUCCUGUUGUAUUACAAGACUGAUGUAAAAUCUAAACUUAAGGCUGGUUUCAAUUGAUCUGUGGUAUUGGUUCUGAUGAGAGACACGGAAUAAAACCUACCGGUAUAUGCAUUUUGAUAUUUGUCUGUCGCAUAACCAAUAAAGAUGAAAAACAUUCUACUUGUUAAGUUUAUCAAUAAUUGUUAUUAUCUUACCAAGUAGAAUGUUUUUCCACUGGGUAAGUUAAUCACAAUUAAGUAGCUUGACAAUCCUGUUGGGGCAUCAGUUUUUUACUCUUGGCAUAGGUUUAAGAACAUCUGUCCAAAGGUUUCAGAGUA